CAGGAAGCAAUAGUUUUGCCUCCAUGGGUUGCUCUUGCUAUUCGGUUGAGGCCCGGUGUCUGGGAAUACAUCCGAGUGAAUAUUAAUGCCCUUGUUGUUGAGGAGUUGAGCGUCCCGGAGUAUCUUCAUUUCAAAGAAGAACUUGUUGAAGGACCUCGCAAUGGCAACUUUGUUCUUGAGUUGGAUUUCCUCAACAGGCACCUCUCUGCAAAAAUGUUCCAUGACAAGGAAAGCAUGCACCCACUCCUUGAAUUUCUCAAAGCCCACAACUACAAUGGCAGGACAAUGAUGCUCAAUGAUAGGAUCCAAAACCUCAAUGCUCUCCAAUUUGUUCUGAGGAAGGCAGAGGAGUAUCUCCUCACAUUUCCUUCGGACACAACAUAUUCUGAAUUUGAACACAAGUUUCAAGAGCUUGGUUUGGAGAGAGGGUGGGGUGAUACCGCCGGGAGAGUGUUGGAAAUGAUUCAUUUGUUGUUGGACCUUCUCGAGGCUCCUGAUCCGUGCACUCUUGAGACAUUUCUCGGCAGAAUCCCUAUGGUUUUCAAUGUGGUCAUCCUUUCCCCCCAUGGCUACUUUGCUCAAGAAAAUGUUUUGGGCUAUCCUGACACCGGUGGCCAGGUGGUUUACAUUUUAGAUCAAGUUCCUGCCAUGGAGAAGGAAAUGCUUUUACGUAUAAAGCAGCAAGGGCUUGACAUCAUUCCUCGUAUUCUCAUUGUGACUCGGCUUCUCCCCGAUGCAGUAGGUACUACCUGCAAUCAACGCCUUGAGAAAGUUUAUGGAGCUGAGCAUUCGCAUAUUCUUCGUGUCCCCUUUAGAACCGAGAAGGGUAUCGUCCGUAAAUGGAUCUCACGCUUUGAAGUGUGGCCAUACAUGGAGACUUUCACUGAGGACGUUGCACAUGAAAUCGCCUUAGAAUUGCAGGCAAAGCCAGAUCUGGUGAUCGGCAACUACAGUGAGGGUAACCUUGUUGCCUCAUUGUUAGCUCACAAAUUGGGUGUAACCCAGUGUACCAUUGCUCACGCUCUGGAAAAAACAAAAUAUCCCGAUUCUGACAUUUAUUGGAAGAAAUUUGAUGAGAAGUAUCACUUCUCUUCCCAGUUCACAGCUGAUCUUAUUGCUAUGAAUCAUACUGAUUUCAUAAUCACUAGCACAUUCCAGGAAAUCGCUGGAAGUAAGAACACAGUAGGUCAGUAUGAGAGUCAUACCGCGUUCACCAUGCCCGGUUUGUACAGAGUUGUUCAUGGUAUUGAUGUGUUUGAUCCCAAAUUCAACAUUGUGUCGCCCGGGGCUGAUAUGUCGAUUUACUUCCCUCACACGGAGAAGGAAAAGAGACUGACUAAGUUCCACCCUGAAAUCGAAGAGCUUCUCUUUAGUGAAGUGGAGAACGAAGAGCAUUUAGGCAUGUUGAAGGACAAGAAAAAGCCCAUCAUAUUCUCUAUGGCAAGGUUGGAUCGUGUCAAGAACUUGACAGGGCUUGUCGAGUUGUAUGGUAAGAAUGCUCGGCUUAGAGAGUUGGCCAACCUUGUGGUUGUUGGUGGAGAUCGUAGGAAGGAAUCCAAGGAUUUGGAAGAGCAAGCCGAGAUGAAGAAGAUGUAUGAAAUGAUCGAAACCUACAAGUUGCAGGGUCAAUUUAGGUGGAUUUCAUCACAGAUGAACAGGGUGAGGAACGGUGAGCUCUACCGGUGCAUUGCUGACACCAAAGGCGUGUUUGUUCAACCUGCGUUCUAUGAGGCUUUUGGUUUGACUGUUGUCGAGGCCAUGACUUGUGGUUUGCCAACGUUUGCAACUAGCUAUGGGGGUCCUGCUGAGAUAAUUAUUCAUGGCAAGUCCGGAUUCCACAUUGAUCCAUAUCAUGGCGAUCAAGUAGCUGAGUUGCUUGUCAAUUUCUAUGAGAGGUGUAG